AUGGGCUCCAAAUUGUCCAUAGGUCGAAACGUCACGCAGCGUCAGAGCUCGUUGAUGCGACUACAUAAGCGUAUACACACACUGUUGUAUGUAUGGAUACGCUUUUGGAUCUUCGCAACGGGCCUGGAGAAGCAUGAGGAGUUGGUAUGGCGUCUUGCACAGCAACUUAAGCACAGCGUGUACCGUACAGCAACUGAAAAGUAUGCAUUUUUCCAUCACCUGGUCAUAACACUUGUCGAGCUCUGGCUACGAACGCUGCAUGCGGUGUUAGUACCCGACGUGUUCACACGUUAUGUGUGUGCAACGUUUGUACUACAUAUUGUAUAUGAAUUACAGUCUAUUGUUCGCCAAGUAUUGGGCACUACGUGCCUAAAACUUACAGCAAAAGGACGAAGGACACUGAGACUCAGAUAUCAGUUGGAGAAUGCCAAGACAUUUCAUGAACGCCAGUCAAUUGCUGGAGAAUUGGAUAAACUUGAGGGUAAAGACAAAUGGCGUGAAGAUCCAGUGUCGGGGCUCUUUUUGUACGAACGAGUGAUGAAUAAGACACAAGUUUAUAAGAAACUAAAGCUUAAAAAUGAGGUUAUUAGACUUAUGUUCUCUCUAAGAGCGGGGUUACUGAGGAAACAUUGGGGACUAGGCAAUCCUCAAUUGUAUUCAGUUAGUAAAGUGGGAACAAAACACGUGAUUGAAGAGUAUUUGGACACAAUCGUACAGUCGAUGAACGUUGUGCUACGUGCAAAAGGAGCGGACGAAGACAAUGACGAGUUGUCUAUUGACAACAAGUUGGCAUUCUUUAGCGAGACACGUCAUGCUUAUGGUCGUUCGGCCUUGAUGCUUUCUGGUGGUGGAGCACAUGGAUUCUAUCACGCUGGCGUAAUCAAAGCUUUGGUGGAAAACAAUUUGCUGCCGAUUGUAAUUGCUGGAUCAUCGGCAGGGUCGAUCUUAGCUGGAGCUAUUGGUGUCCGUAAUGAUGAUGAAGUACUGGGCUUUUUGUCGGGAGAGUCUGUGAAUCUCAGUUUCUUGAGACCAAACAUUACGGAACAGGAUCGAGUUGCUUACAUACCAUCAUUCUUGCCCCCAAUUCAGAUGCUGUUUCCUAAAGGAGGUUUUGAGCUCGUGCGAGAUGCUUUUGUCUUGCUGAAUCGAUUUCUAGACAAGCACUUCUUAUUAGACACGAAAACGCUACGGGACUGUUUGCGCAGUUUAAUGGGUGACUACACCUUCAGAGAGGCCUAUGAUAGAACCGGUCGGAUCAUUAACGUCACAGUGACCCCGCUAAAUGCCGAUGACUAUCCUCAGUUGCUCAACUAUCUCACGGCUCCAAAUGUGAUUAUUUGGUCGGCGUCCCUAGCGUCUUGCGCGAUUCCAAACGUUUUCUGUCCUGUCGAGCUUCUGGCCAAGGACGAGAAAGGUAACAUCGUCCCUUACUAUCGCGAGGGGCUUAAGUGGAGUGAUGGUAGUGUCGAGUGCGAUCUGCCUAUGGAACGACUGUCAGAACUCUUCAACGUGAAUCACUUCAUCGUCAGCCAAGUCAACAUUCAUUACAAGAUUGUGUCAGGCCAUUCGGCGUUUGGAAACGAACAAACUGGUAGCCUCAUGAGCUUCCUUAAGAAGCAAAUGAAGGCGUACAUAAAAAAUAUUGCCGUGUUUGGGCUGAAAACCUCUGUGCUGAAGUUCCUUGGCAUCGGGCUAAUUCCUCUGAUAACCCAAAAAUACGAAGGCGAUAUCACCAUCUGCCCCACCGACAAGAUCCCCGCCACGACAUUGCUGCGAACAGUGCUGAGCAAUCCAUCACGUGAAACUUUUCCAGAUAUCUUGCUGGCUGGCGAGCGGGCGUGUUGGCCAGCAGUUGCACGGAUUCGUACCAUGUGCCGCGUAGAGUUUGCAUUAGAACGCGCAGUGCGGUACUUGCGUGGAGAGCAAGCUUUUGAAGACGAACGACGAAGCGGGCGGAAGGCAAUUGGCCGUGUGCCGUCUUUUUACACCUCACCAAGCUCUAUGAAUCUGUCGAAUUUGGAUCAGUCGCCCCCCGGCCCGCGAAGUUAUGCCUCACCACCAACUAGCGAAGGAAAGCGAUCUCGACAUCGAAGCCUUGACGACGGAGAGAUUAUAGAUGCCAUGAGUAGCCCUGUUACGAAUCAUAUGCGCCGAAACAGAUCCAUGAACAUCGCAGGGGCUGUUCUGUCCAUCGAUGCAGGUGCCAACGCUUCCGACUUGAAACACUGUAAUCGAUGA